UUUAUCGAACCAUUUUAGUGAAACAUCAACAUUUUUUGUUCAACGUUUUCUCACUGUGUCACAUCGGAAACACGAAAUUCAAAACCCUCCAAAAAUUUCUUCAAAACACACCGAAUUUCAAGAGACAAAAGGAAGGAUUUUCUCCUCUCUGAACGAAAAUGAUGCACAUGACUUUUUAUUGGGGCAAAAAGGUUACCAUCUUAAUCGAUUCAUGGAAGACCAAUUCCUGGACGAGUUACGUUCUGAGUCUACUCGCCUGCCUCGUCGUCGCCGCCUUCUACCAGUACCUGGAGAAUCGCCGGAUCCGCCUGAAGCUCUUCGCCGCUGGGAGGAGAACGCCGUCGCCGGAGAUCCGCACUCCUCUUCUGCGGUGGCGCGUGGCCGGCGACGAGGCGAAGUUGGGGGUUAAGUUCGCGGAAGCGGUUCUGUUCGGAGUGAACUCGGCGAUCGGGUAUUUGUUGAUGUUGGCGAUUAUGUCCUUCAAUGGAGGGGUGUUUGUGGCAAUUGUGGUGGGUCUCACGCUAGGGUAUUUUUUGUUUAGGAAUGAGGGGGAGGAUUCUGCGCUUGUUGUUGAUAAUUCUUGUGCUUGUUCUUAGUGUUUGUGAUGUGUUUUAUUUAUGUAACAAUAGUGUAAUUGUGAAGGUGGAUGGUUCAGAUUUUAAUUCACCUGUGAGUUAUGACCACAGAGUACUGUUAUGAUUGUGAAGUUUUAAUUAUGUUUUGUGUUGUUUUGGAGCAAUUUUUUGAUUUGGGAAUGGGGAGAAUGAUGUUGUUGUGAAGUGAAAAGUGUGACAAUCAUGUAUUGCAGAAAAAUCUUGUUCUGUUGUCCCAAUGAGAAUAUGUUGGAGAUUCUCAGUUGUAGAGAGUGGCAAAGUUUAAGGUUCUGCAUGUGA